UUUGGUUUUCCUGAUCUGGAAUUUGGGAUUAAGUGGCAAUUUGGAAUGUGGGAACUCCAGAACACUGGAAUGUAAACAGCUUACAUACUGUACAGACCUUUGGAAAGUGUCAGAAAGGAACUGACAAGAAUUGCUGAAUACUGGAAGAAACUAAUUUGAGAAGCAGAGAGCUUGUUGGAGCUAAUGACUCGACACUAACUGAUCAGACCAUGAUGAACCCCCAGUACUCCCCCUGAGCUCAGACAGGAAAGACGAGUUCACCCGGACACGUCUCACAGGUCCUGGUUUGCCCAUGCAGUGGUCCAUGUUAGCCCUGCUGCUCCUGUUCUGCAGCCACAAUUUGGCACUGCGAGCGGGCGAUAUCUGCCCACAGGACAGCAAGCAUGAGCAGACAGUUGACUCCACACCCACAGUGGACCCCAAACUCUUCAACAAGAGGCGCUACCGGUCGCCUCGCGUGCUUUUCAGUGAACUACCCCCUGAUUCAGAGCCUACAGAACAUCAGGGUUCAAAGGACAGGACAAAGAGGCGAGCAGGACAGCCACAGAGUCGUGGCGUGUACUCAGUGUGUGAGAGUGUCAGCUUCUGGGUGGGUAAUAAGACAAAAGCAACAGACAUCUCAGGAAACGAGGUAACUGUGCUGCCUGACGUGAGCAUCAAUGACGUCAAGAAAAAGCAGUAUUUCUUUGAAACAGUAUGCAGUAGUGCAAGAACUGGGGGCUCUGGGUGUCUGGGGAUUGAUGUGCGCCACUGGAACUCAUACUGCACCAACUCGCACACAUUUGUAAGAGCAUUGACUUCUUUUAAGAACCUGGUGGCUUGGAGACUUAUUAGGAUCAACGUAGCCUGCGUGUGUGUGCUCAGCCGCAAGUCAUGGAGACAAUGACAGUCUGUCAUAUAAAGUUUGACUUUUAUGUUGAUCAUAUUAUAUGUGUGAUAUUCCAAACCCAGUAAUAAUAAAAAAAAUAAAUUCCAUCAAAUAAAUUCAUCAAUAAAAAGUUUAUGAACAAGGCAUUAAUUUCAUAUGCCUUAUUACUAUCAAAAAUUUUAUGGCCUUAUGGGAGUCUAUAUCAAGCCAUAUGAUGACAUCUGUAGCACAACAUUAGUAUCCUAUUAUUUUUCUUGAUGGACAUGCUUAGUUGAUAUUGCUGACUACAGAGAUU